AUGCCUACUUUUUUUGAAACAUUUCCAGUUGUUUUGGUAGACGGAGACGGAAUUGUUAGAGCGGAUGUUCCUUUUCGAAGAGCCGAAUCAAAGUAUAGUGUUGAACAAGUAGGGGUAACGGUUGAGUCAGGCAAUUCAACUAUUAAGGUUGGUUGCUUGUACUUAACUAUUGUAGUUGAAAUAUUCAGAAUCUUGAGCUGCCUUGUUUGUUUCCACGUUGAAUUUACCACUUAA